UCAACCGAUGGGUGGCACUGCAGCCGCUUCCGGCCGGUAUCGCACGUUGGAGGAAGAAGAAGGAGAAGAAUUAUUGGGGACGGGACGGUUGAACGGCGAGAGCCGGCACCGGUGUGGUUGUAGCUGGCUGUAUGUGAACGUGGCUAUCUGUUGUUAAGCAUUCUUUGAAAGAGCAGCAAUUCUAGCAGCCUUUGAAGAAACAGAAAUGGUGGUUUUUACAUGUAAUGCAUGUGGAGAAUCUGUGAAGAAGGGACAGGUAGAAAAGCAUGUAAAUAUGUGCCGGAACUGUCAAUGCCUUUCUUGUAUGGAUUGUGGCAAAGAUUUCUGGGGUGAUGACUAUAAAUGCCAUGUGAAAUGCAUAAGUGAAGACCAGAAGUAUGGUGGCAAGGGUUAUGAAGUCAAAACUGCCAAAGGGGAUGUCAAACAGCAGGAAUGGAUUCAGAAGAUUCAUGACACAAUACAGAAAACAAGCAUUAACCCCAAAGUUCGAGACAUUUUAGAACAAAUGUACGCCUAUGACAAUAUUCCAAGAAAAAAGGGCAAAUUUCAGAAUUGGAUGGCGAACAGUUUGAAAAUACAUAGUGCUGCUCUACAGGACCAGGUGUGGGAUAUCUUUUCAGAAGCUACCAAGAAGGAACUGAUUGAAGCACAAGAGAAGCCACAUGAGACCAUUGGAAAGCACUCUUCAAAAAGUCAGGUUAUGCCAACCCCACUGGAAGAUAAUGUGAUAGAAAUGGAGAAACCUGCAAAGAAAAAGAGCAAAAGGGAACGGAAGGAAGAGAGACAAAAUAGCAAAAAGACCAAAAAGAAGAGGUUACAAACUGAACAAGACAGCUUAGAGAUUGUAAAAAGUAAAAAGUCUAAGAGAGAAGAACCGGAGGAUGAGAAUGGUAAAAUUUCCAAAAAAAAUAAUUUGAAAAUAUCAAAGAAGCAACAAGCGAUUGAUUUAGUUGAAUUGGAAAUGAAUGGAAAUGGCCUUCAUACAGAAGAACCAAGGACCAAAUCAAAUGCAAAGAAGCGCAAGCGCAAGCUUUCAGAAGAUGAAUCUCACAUGGUACAAAAAAGAAUGAAUACUGCAGUAAGUGAAGAAAAUGAGGAUGAACAUCAAGGUAAAUUCAGUUGGAAAGGAACCAUAAAAGCUGUUCUGAAGCAGGCACCUGACAACGAAAUAGCAAUUAAAAAACUAAGGAAAAAGGUUUUAGCCCAGUAUUAUGCAGUUGCGGGUGAUCAUCAUAAAUCUGAAGAGGACAUUUUGGCCUUAUUUAAUAAGAAAGUAAACAGUAAUCCUAAAUUUAGGGUUUUAAAGGAAAAGGUUAAACUUUUAAAAUAGCUUUGUUAUGCUCAAAUGAUCUGAUUUUGUAUAGCAUGGCCAGUUUUGCUAUCAUAUGUUAAAAUAGUUUUUAUUUGUUUUUGUGAGUUCCUUGAUUCCACCUGCCAUUUGUAUUUUAAAAAAUUAAACAUUUUUAUCUUUUAGAAAAAAAA